CUCAGAUGCUGCCAAUCUAAUUAAAACCCAUAGAAAAGUAUUGUUAACUGGUUACCCAUUACAAAAUAAUCUCAUGGAGUAUUAUACUAUGAUUGAUUACAUUCGUCCACUUCAUUUAGGUAAUGAAAAAGAAUUUAAAGACAGAUUCGUUAAACCAAUAGCAGCAGGUACAAAGAGUGAAUCAAAUGAAAGAGAUAUCAAGCUGAUGAGAGGUAGAUUAGCAGCAUUACAAUCAUUGAUUAAAGAUUUCGUACAAAGAUUAGGACCAGAGGUUUUAGAUAGAGAAAUGCAAGUUUCUAAAUCUGAAAAGAUGAUUCUAGUGAAAAGAACCGAUAUACAAAGUAAACUCUUGGAAAUUUCAAUACAAAAUAGUAAUUUCAAUGAUCAUUUCGCGCAAUAUGAAGUUUUAACAGUGGUUUGUAAUCAUCCAGAUGGUUUACUAGAAAAGAAACCAUUGGUAACAAAAGAUUUGGAAAAGAAAUCGAUUUCAGAAUUAAAAUCUAUUCUAAAGGCAAAUGAUGUACCAACAGCUGAUAUCAUCUAUAAAAAUGAAUUAAUUCAACGUGUUAUUCAUUUAAAUGAGAUUAAAGCAUCCGAUCUGUUACAACCAUCAGUGUUUUCAACUUAUUUCAAUCAAAUUGGUUAUAGAAGAGGUAUAGUUGAAAGAAGUAAUAAAUUUGUAUUAUUCUUUAGUAUGCUCAAACAUUUCAAUCAAAAUAAUGAAAGAGUGGUUACAUUUAGUUUCUCAAUUUCAACACUUAAUCAAUUGGAAUAUUUCAUUCAAAAAAAGUUGGGUUGGAAAGCUGGUAGAGAUUAUUUUAGAUUGGAUGGUUCAACUCCAACUAAAACUAGACAAAGACUUAUCGAUCAAUUCAAUGAUAUGGCUAAUGAUAUUAAAUUGUUUUUAAUUUCAACUAAAGCUGGUAGUUUAGGUACAAAUUUAACCGGUGGUACUAGAGUCAUACUUAUGGAUCUAAGUUGGAAUCCAGUUCACGAUAGACAAGCCGUUUAUAGAUGUUAUAGAAUGGGUCAAAAGAAUCAAGUUCACGUUUAUACCCUUGUUAUGGCUGGUACUGGUGAACAAAAAACUUAUACUCAAAUGAUCUAUAAACAAACUCUCUCAAAGAGAGCUGUCGAUUCUGAAACUCCUAAAAAUGUCGAAGAAGAUAUUAGACUCAAAAUCGGUGAAUUGGUUGAUAUUCCUUAUGAUGUCGUUUCAAUUAAUCGUGAGUUGGAACAUGGUACUGAUCCAAUUUUCAAUAAAGUCAUUAGAGAAAAUAAACAAGCUAUCAUUGGUAUCAAAGAUGUUUAUGCUUAUUUCACUGGUGAUGAAUAUGGUAAAUUAACUGAAGAAGAAAUUAAAGCUGCAAUUGAAGAAUAUAAAAAAGAACUUUUAAAUCCAAAUAAUAAUAAUAAUAAUAAUAAUAAUUAUAAUAAUUAUAAUAAUAAUAAUUAUAAUAAUUAUAAUAAUAAUAAUAAUAAUUAUAAUAAUUAUAAUAAUAAUAAUAAUAGUAAUAAUAAUAAUUAUAAUCCAGUUGGUACAAAUAUAUAUCAAGGAUCUUUUAAAUUUCAACAACAACCUUCAUUACUAAGACCAAAUCAAAAUAGUCAUAUUUGA